CCAGAAAUAUCACAUUUCGUGAAAAUUACUUUCAGGAAGUAGAAAUAUUGUCUAAUUGGAAAUCAACGUAACAAGUUUCUGUCUUUGAAAACUUUAUUUUUCGUUAACCGUAAUUUCAAGUAAAGACGAUGGAUAGAAGUUCAGAAGAAGAUGAUUUACAAAAUGCUUCAGAUGACUGUCCUAUGACAGAGGCUCCUGAAAAAGUGAUUCUCGAAAAACACAUAUUUAAAGGAAUGGAACACUUCCUUAACUCAGAAAAGUUUUCUGAUAUAGAUGUUAAAGUUGGUGAGGAAGUCUUCAAGUGUCACAAAAUUGUUCUAGCUUCAUGGAGCGCGUAUUUCGAUGCCUUGUUUAUGUCUGGAAUGAGUGAAAUAAUACAUGGGGUAGUGGAGUUGACAGCAAUUGAUGCAGAAGACUUCAAAGACAUUCUAAAGAUCAUGUAUACAGGUAACUGUGAGGUGCACAAAGAAAACAUUCAAGGACUCUUGUUUUCUGCUUCAUACCUUCAGAUUUUGCCAUUGAUCGAGGGUUGUGAAAACUUCAUUAAAAAAUCAUUGCUGAAAACCGAUGCAAGUUGUAUUUUGCAUUAUCUACAAAUCAGUCACCAGUUGAAUUUGACUAACCUAGUAGAGCAUAUUCUGGAUUUUAUUGCGAUUCGCUUCAAGACCUUCGAAGUAUGUAAUGAAUUUUUCGAGUCUCUGUGUGUUGACGACAUGAAAACCUUGCUUGGAUCCAAGAAACUAAACUGUAAGUCAGAAGAUGAAAUUUGUACUGCAUUGCUGUGUUGGAUAGAUGUUGAUCUGAUAGGUAGGCAAGGGUACACUAGAGAUCUUGUUAAAAAGAUACAUUAUCUUGCUCUGUCUAAUGACUACAUGAGUAAGAUUUUCCUUGAGCACAAGGCUAUCAAAGAGAAUUGUACGAUGAAUGAGAUUAGGAGUCAUUGUUUAGAGUAUUUGUCGCUACCCAGACAGCAGUCCGACUACAUUGGUGAACCUGUAGCAUCACAUAGACUUGGUCAUCGACUUCGUGAUGCUAUUGUAGUCUUUUAUAAGAAAAGUGUGAAACUGUUUAGAUGUGAAGAGAAAGAAGAUGGCAGCUUGAACUACAUCCAUUCUACUUUUACAGACGGUCACGAGGAAAACUUAGGAAGACCUGAAGAUGUUAACGAGAAAGUAAUUACAGCAUGUAAUUAUGGAAGGUCAGAGGUCAUUGUGUCAAAUGGACAGAGACUGCUACAUUUUAGUGGACUCACAUGGGUUUGGACUUCUGGUCCAAAACAUUUGGUACCAUCAAGCAUAAACUGUGUUGUUUGUAAUCAAAGAUCUGGUGAUAUAUACAGUGUUGUCGUAGAUACAGAUAUAGUUUUUAUAGAGAAAUGCAAGUUUGAUAGUGAGAAUGGAUUCGGAGAACUGGAGAUGGAGAUGCAACAAGAAAUUGAAAAUAGUUCCUACCAUUAUGACAGAAAGUACAAUGACAGGAACGAAAUUUACCAAGAAAAUGGUAGAACUUGUGCAUACAUGGUGGACGAAAAUAUAUUUUUCAUAAAAACUGGAGUGGCUCCAGAAUCAGAACGUGCAACAGUGUUUAAAUACAAUACAGAAUCUAAAACCAUAGGUAUUGUAAAUAUUUUACCAUUGAAGUAUCAAUUUGCUACAGCCGUGACUCACAAAGGUUUAGUUUUUCUGGUAGAUAGGAAGAAUAAGACAAUUAUCAGAAUAUCCGAAGGCGGACAUUGUUUUGAGAAGUACGGGCAAAUUGGAAUGUAUGUACAAGAUAAGGAAUUUAACGAUAUAAAGAAUUCUAGUGCUUGUAUAUUAAAUGGAAAACUUAUCAAGACAGGUGGCAGGAUCCCACAUAUUUGUGGUCAUUUAAGUAUGACCUGUAUCUUAGAGUAUGAUUUAUGUCAACAUGUUUCGAAAGUUCAUCAUUUAGAAAGUUUUUGUCACAAUAUGAGGGUAGAAAACGAUGCAGUGUGUUUAAAACUAACCAUGCAACCUCUUGGGUAGUGUUAUAAGGGAAGCUAUGGGGAUGCUUCUUGAGUUUUUUAUAUGGUAAUGAAAAUCUGUCAUGAAAAUUCACGUUCUUGUGUGAAGUGAUAUAAAUUGUUGACUGGAAGAUAAAGUGCAUACACAUGUAAAAUAUACUAUAAUGUUCACAUUGAUGCUUUAUGAAUACCCCUAUUUUCAUCUUUUGUUGUUUGCUACCAAUACUGAUUAAAUUAGUGAUAAAUUUAAUUGCAUAUUGUUUUAAUUAAGAUUUUACAGGUAAUGAGAAUUACACACAAUUAUAUGUGUAUUCAAAUUUUUAUGCAUGGCUUUAUUUGGACAAAAAGACCGCAAGGGAUGUUAGAAAUAAUUAAAUAGAAUUAAUGAAG